AUGUACAGCCUGGGUCUACAGGCCUACUUCGUGUCUCUGUUCAACCGCUUUGACAGCUUCGUGGUGUGUGGAGGCAUCCUGGAGACCAUUCUGGUGGAGACCAAGAUCAUGUCCCCGCUAGGCAUCUCUGUGCUGCGCUGCGUACGCCUUCUACGCAUCUUCAAAAUCACAAGGUAUUGGAACUCUCUGAGUAACCUGGUGGCAUCGCUGCUUAACUCUGUUCGCUCCAUCGCCUCCCUGUUACUGCUCCUCUUCCUCUUCAUCAUCAUCUUCAGCCUGCUCGGCAUGCAGCUCUUCGGAGGCAAGUUCAACUUCGACGAGACGCGCCGGUCAACCUUCGACAACUUCCCCCAGUCGCUGCUCACCGUCUUUCAGAUCCUGACAGGUGAGGACUGGAACUCGGUGAUGUAUGACGGCAUCAUGGCCUACGGAGGGGCGUCCUUCCCAGGGAUGCUGGUCUGUAUCUACUUCAUCAUCCUGUUCAUCUGUGGAAACUAUAUCCUCCUGAAUGUCUUCUUGGCCAUCGCCGUGGACAACCUGGCUGAUGCUGAGAGUCUGACGUCAGCACAGAAGGAAGAGGAGGAGGAGAAGGAGAGGAAGAAGCUGAACGGCCAGUCCGGAGAAGCGUCAUGUCAACGAAAAGCCCCGAUAAUCGAGGUAGAAGAGAAGAAGGAGGAGAAGAUUGAGCUGAAGUCCAUCACCUCAGACGGAGAGACAACCAAUGCCACCAAGAUCAACAUUGAUGAGUACCAAGUAGAUGUGAAUGAAGAGAAGAACCCGUAUCCAGCUAAUGAUUUUCCCGGAGAGGAUGAGGACCCUGAGAUGCCUGUGGGCCCCCGGCCUCGGCCCCUGUCUGACAUUCAGCUGAAGGAGAAGGCUAUUCCCAUGCCUGAGGCCCGGGCUUUCUUCAUCUUCAGCAACACCAACAAGUUCAGGGUUCUAUGCCAUAAGAUGGUGAACCACAACAUCUUCACCAACCUCAUCCUGUUCUUCAUUCUACUGAGCAGUAUCUCUCUGGCAGCAGAGGACCCUGUCCGGAACGACUCCUUCAGGAACCAGAUAUUAGGCUAUGCAGACCAUGUCUUCACUGGGCUCUUCACCAUAGAGAUCAUUCUGAAGAUGACAGCGUACGGGGCGUUCAUCCAUAAGGGUUCGUUCUGUCGGAACUACUUCAACAUUCUGGAUCUGGUGGUGGUCAGCGUGUCGCUCAUCUCCUCUGGAAUACAGUCCAGUGCCAUCAACGUGGUGAAGAUCCUUCGUGUUCUCAGAGUGCUUCGGCCCCUGAGGGCUAUCAACAGGGCCAAGGGCCUCAAACAUGUGGUCCAGUGUGUGUUUGUGGCCAUCCGAACCAUCGGGAACAUCGUGAUCGUCACCUCUCUGCUGCAGUUCAUGUUCGCCUGCAUCGGAGUACAACUCUUCAAGUUUUUCUACUGCUCAGACAGCUCCAAGUCUACAGAGCCUGAAUGCAGGGGUUCAUACAUCAUGUAUAAGGACGGGGAUGUGGGGAAGCCAGAGAGGUCCAUGCGUGUCUGGGAGAACAGUGACUUCAACUUUGACGACGUGCUCCAGGGGAUGAUGGCUCUGUUCGCUGUCUCCACCUUUGAAGGAUGGCCAGCACUCCUGUACCGGGCCAUAGACUCCCAUUCAGAGGACCUGGGCCCUGUCUACAACUACAGAGUGGUCGUGUCCAUCUUCUUCAUCAUCUACAUCAUCAUCAUCGCCUUCUUCAUGAUGAACAUCUUCGUCGGUUUCGUCAUUGUCACCUUUCAGGAGCAGGGAGAGCAGGAGUACAAGAACUGUGAGCUGGACAAGAACCAGCGUCAGUGUGUGGAAUAUGCCCUGAAGGCCCGUCCCCUACGUCGGUACAUCCCUAAGAACCAGUACCAGUACAAGGUGUGGUACGUGGUCAACUCCACCUACUUUGAGUACCUGAUGUUUACUCUCAUCCUGCUGAACACCAUCUGUCUGGCCAUGCAGCAUCACGGCCAGACCCACUCCUUCAACGAUGCUAUGAACAUCCUCAACAUGCUCUUCACCGGCCUCUUCACUGUGGAGAUGAUCCUUAAACUCAUCGCCUUCAAACCACGGGGUUACUUUAGUGAUCCUUGGAAUGUUUUUGACUUCCUCAUCGUAAUUGGCAGCAUAAUAGACGUCAUUCUGAGUGAGAUCAACGGACUACAAAACUCUGAAGAUAACGCCAGGAUCUCCAUCACCUUCUUCCGGCUGUUCAGAGUGAUGAGGCUGGUCAAACUGCUGUCUCGGGGAGAAGGGAUACGGACCCUGCUGUGGACCUUCAUCAAGUCCUUUCAAGCCCUCCCCUAUGUAGCACUGCUCAUAGUGAUGCUCUUUUUCAUCUACGCCGUCAUUGGGAUGCAGAUGUUUGGUAAGAUAGCCCUGAGGGACAACAGUCAGAUCAACAGGAACAACAACUUCCAGACCUUCCCCAGGCUACACUCCUGCUCUUCAGGCGAGGCGUGGCAGGAGAUCAUGCUGGCAUGCGCCCCCAUGCGACCCUGUGAGAAGGGGUCAGAGGUGGGACCAGCCAGCGAAGACCAGUGUGGGAGUCACGCUAUCUUCUACUUCGUCAGCUUCUACAUGCUCUGUGCCUUCCUGAUCAUCAACCUGUUUGUGGCUGUGAUCAUGGAUAACUUUGACUACCUGACCAGAGACUGGUCUAUUCUAGGACCUCACCACCUGGAUGAGUUCAAGAGGAUCUGGGCUGAGUACGACCCAGAGGCCAAGGGUCGUAUCAAGCACCUGGAUGUGGUAACUCUGUUGAGGAGGAUUCAGCCUCCUUUGGGCUUCGGGAAGCUCUGUCCCCACCGGGUGGCCUGCAAGCGUCUGGUCUCCAUGAACAUGCCCCUGAACAGCGAUGGCACAGUCAUGUUCAAUGCCACCCUGUUUGCUCUGGUGCGAACAGCACUGAGGAUCAAGACUGAUGGUAACUUGGAGCAGGCGAACGAGGAGCUCCGGGCCAUAGUGAAGAAGAUCUGGAAGAGAACCAGUAUGAAGCUGCUGGAUCAGGUGGUGCCCCCUGCUGGAGACGAUGAGGUGACGGUUGGGAAGUUCUACGCCACUUUCCUGAUCCAGGAGUACUUCAGGAAGUUUAAGAAGCGUAAAGAGCAGGGCCUGGUGGCCAAGGUGCCGCCCAAGACGGCUCUCUCCCUGCAGGUGGGUCCCUACAAGUUCCUGCCUGCGGGCCUGCGGACGCUCCAUGACAUGGGUCCUGAGAUCCGGAGGGCCAUAUCAGGUGACCUCACAGUGGAGGAGGACCUGGACAAGUCGAUGAAGGAGCCUGUCUCGGCUGCGUCCGAGGACGAUAUCUUCAGGCGAGCGGGUGGGUUGUUCGGCAACCACGUCAGCUACUACAACGACGGGCGCGACAGCGGACGCAACACCUUCCCACAAUCCUUCACCACGCAGCGCCCGCUCCACAUCAGCCAGACGGGCAGCCCCGGCGAGGGCGAGUCCCCCUCCUACUCUUCCUCGGGCUCCAACGCUAACAUCAACAAUGCCAACAACACGGCGGUCCCCGGUGUGGUAGUGGGGUUGGUGGUCCAGGGGGCUCAGCCGUUUCCCAAGCCCCAGCAUCAGUACUGUGGACGGGCAGAGCGGACCCCCGCUAACCCCGAUACUACUGCCGAGGUCUGCAUGGUGCUUCCUCCCAAGAGCUCGGACUCCACUGACAGCCGUCUGCCGUUCAUCAGGCGAGAGGAGGAGGCGUCGACGGACGAGCGUCGGAGGUCGUCCUUCCAUCUGGAGUGUCUGAGGAGACAGACGAGAGCAGAUGUCUCCCAGAAGACAGUACUACCGCUGCACCUGGUCCACCAUCAGGCACUAGCAGUAGCAGGUCUGAGCCCCCUGCUUCGACGGAGCCACUCCCCGACCCUCUUCACGCAGCUCUGCUCUACGUCUCCUACCAGUCCCACAGGCCGGGGUAGCCAGGCCUCCUACCAGCGUGUGCCCACCCUUCGUCUCCAGGGCACGGGCCCUGGCACCGGCUCCUACGAGCUCAACUCCAGCCUGCCAUCGGUCAACUGUGGGCCGUGGUACAGCGACAGCAACGGGAACAGUCCCGGUAUCAGCCCUAGGGUGGGUACGGCUAACCAGCGGCCGCCGCGGCCCGUCUCCCUCACUGUGCCGAGCACAGUGCACAAGGACGCUACAUCGUUGUCCCACGGUAGCGCCGGCAGUCUGGUGGAAGCUGUGCUGAUAUCAGAGGGCCUGGGCCAUUUCGCUCAGGACCCGUCCUUCAUCGAGGUGACCAAGCAGGAGCUGGCGGACGCGUGCGACAUGACCAUCGAGGAGAUGGAGAACGCAGCCGACAACAUCCUCAACGGCAACAGCCAGCCCAGUCCCAACGGCAACCUUUUACCCUACAUGCACUGCAACAGGGACCAUGCUGCUUCCCAGGAGCCAGGCCUCAGCGAUGGGCCUGGGGCCGGUCGGGGGGCCACGGCCCCUGGGGAGAUUGAGGAGCUACUAGGGGCCACUCACCUAGGGCAGCACGGGGAUCCGGAGGAUGAGGAGGGGUUGGAGGUGGUGGGAGGGGAGGAAGAGCACACCGGGGGUGUGGAGGUGGUGGUUGAGGUUGGGCAGAGGAACAGCGGCCUGUUGGAGGAUGAGGACAUGGAGUGUGUGACCAGUUUGUAG